AUGGACAUACUCACUGAAGAGCUAACCCACUUUGCAGCCUGGGCCAGACCGACGGCUGCUGAGACGGCCGCCAGAGGCUUCGUCGCGGACUACCUCCUAACCUUCCUUCGUAAACAUGCCAACCGGCCCGGAUUGGACAUCAAAGCCGAGCUAUUCGGCUCUGAAACAACCGGACUGUCUCUCCCAACCUCGGAUCUCGAUAUACGCAUCUAUGACGCCUCGCAGGCAGACGAAGAUCGCAGCUACGGCAAGCUCUACUCGCUGCUGGCAAUGCUCGCCCGGCGUCUCCGACAAGACCACAACAACUGGACGGCCGUUACUGUCCGCCACAGCAAAUUCCCCAUCAUCACCGCUACCCAUUGCAAAACGGGCAUAAUCGUCCAAAUCGUCAGCGCACCGUCCACCACCAACCAGCAGACCCACACGCGCCGCUACCUCGCCGAGCUGCCGCAUCUCCGCGACCUUUUCCUGCUCAGCCGGGCGAUGCUCGGCACGCGCGGGUUAGUCAACGUCUACGACGGCGGUAUCGGCUCGUACGGGCUGCUCGUUAUGCUUGUGGCGGCGCUCAAACGCCGCUCUUCCGCCAACCCGCCACCGCAAACACCCGCACAGCAACUCUUGCACUUCCUGAACUUUUACGCCCGACACAACUACAUCUCCCGCGGCCUAACCGUCACCCCCGUCGGCAAAACCUUCCUCAAACACCACGAUGCCACCUACCAAGCCACAGUGCAAGAACGUAUCCGUGCGGCUCACCGCCGCAACGAUCCAGUCCGCGCGGGACAGUGGGCCAUGAGCGCGCCGAAACCGUUGCAGCCGUACUUGCUGUGUUUGCAGGACCCAGCAGAUCCGACGAAUGAUUUGGGACGGAAGACGAAUGCAAUCAAGCAUCUUGCUGAAAGUUUCCGGGUCGUGCAUGCGAUGUUGUUGGCAAGGUUGAGGGACGGAUUGAAGGGGGAGGGAGUGGCGGGGAGGGAGACGUUUGUGGAGGUUGCGGUGGGGAGGCUGCAUGAGGUAUGGGCGGGGCGGAGGAAGCGAGUGGAGAAGUUUGGGGCGGAGGUUCUGAAGAAGAGGGAGGAGGUGGGUGGAGAGGUGCAAGUAGACGCUGCUGUGGAUGCGGGUGAGGCAGGUGUGUUGAGUGCGGAGGGUGAGGAAGAGGCUGCGAGUGGCGGGCAAGAGGCUGCGCGUAGCGAGGAGGAGGAGGUGGAGGAGGAGCGGACGGAGAAUGUAGUGCGGGGAUGA